UAGAGCAAGCUUCUUCAUAUAAAUAGAGGAAGGAGGCCUAUGUAACCUCCUAUGUAUUUGUCUUUAGCAGCUCUGAAGUUCACACACUUUGAGAUAGAUUUAUUCACACAGCUUUUUUUGAACUUUUUUUUUCAUUGAAGUGUGUGCGUGAGCUGUGAAGAGCUGGGAUGGGUCUUCCUCAAUCACCACCAAGCUCACCACCCCAUCUGUAUCCUCAGGCACUUCAGCUCAAGCUUUACCAGGCCUUCAUAUUCUCCAUCCCUAUUCUCUUCUCCAUCAUUCUCUUCUUGCUCUUCUACUUGUUCUACCUCAAGAAGAGGGCCUCUUCUCUCUCCUCUCCCCAGCCCGCCCUCCCCAUAUCCUCCGACCGAGCACCUCCUUACAUCUCCUCGCCAUGCCAAUUGGGAUCGAAAGGAGAGCUCGAGGACAAGCUUCCAACAGUGUUCUUCGAUGAAGAACAGAGGGCAAAGGAUUCGCAGUGCUGCGUGUGCUUGGGAGAGUUCGAAAUGGAAGAGGAGUUGCUCCAAGUGCCGUCCUGCAAGCACGUGUUCCACAUCGACUGCAUCCGCCACUGGCUCCACGCCAACUCCACUUGCCCUCUCUGCCGCUGCUCCGUCGUCCCCUCCGCCGCCGCCAAGUCUCAAGGCUGGCCGCUGCCCCACCAGCAAGACGGCCGGAGCUCCUCGGACCCCGCGCGGGCGCUCGUUCGUCCCGAUCCGGAGCAGCCGGAACAGCUUCGACAAGAAGACGUCACUAUACCAAUCCGAGGUUCGAGCUCAAGUGGGGAUGCUUGCUUUGGGGAAUCGCAAUCCGUGAUUGUGGACGUCCAAGCGCUCGAGUCUUUACGAAACACGACAUGAGAGGCUCUCUCGAUUUCUGGUUGGGCAUGGAACAUGAAAA